ACACUUCGCUGUUUCAUCAGUUCAUUAUCACAAUGUUUGCUGCUUGCUGGUGUGUGGUCCCGUGGUUUGACAUUUAUACUACGUCGGAAUACUAAAGAGAUAAAUAGGAUUUCGAAACAAUAUAUACUAGCACUUUUUUAUUUGAUAUUAGUUGAAUUUUCAAUCUGUAAUGCUUUAUAAUAUGUGACUCGUCUGGAACAAAAUUAUUCUUCAUACAACUGGGUUAUUCACAUGUCUAAAUGAAGAUGAGUUGCUUUCACGUAGGCCUACCAUUUAUCAUUGCUGUCCUGCCCUGCAUUUCCUCUUCAUAUGGAUUACAAGUUAUAACCACAUCUCACGGGGAUGGGGCAACCCUCCCAUGCGAACUCGAAUAUUUAGCCUCUGAUAACAUCCUAUCACUCUACUGGAGAAAAGAUGGAACUACAGUCUACUCUCAAACAACAAAUAGAGAAGUAGGAUAUGAUAGGUAUUCAGUAAUCGAUGCAUCAUCUCUUGUUAUAUCUGAUGUUACGAAGAGCGACGCUGGAAAUUAUUCUUGUAAAAUUGUUAGUCAAGCAUUCCAAACUGGAGAAAGCGACAUCACGCAGUUAUACGUGACAGAUGUUGAUGUGAGCCACUGUCAAGACACUGGAGAUGGUGAAUGUAGCUGUUUCAUUAAUGGUUCAAACAUUACAUCCUUGGAAUGCUCUGCAUCCGGGUUUCCACAUCCUCCAGUUAUCACGUGGGAGGUGGGUCAGGUGACCUAUCGAUCAUCCUCUCUCGAUCUGACAAAGUUUGCUGAAAACUUCACCCUUGUCUGCAAGGCGAAGGGUAGGAGUGUAGAUAGCAUAGAGAAUAAAACAGUGUGCGUCUACUACAUGCCUGAAUCAUCAUCUACCAUGUCAACUGAGAUAUCUCCUGUAGUCACAUCUUCUACAAGUUCAUUUCGUGCCGUCCUUGCUCUGAUGAUAUUAUUCAUUAUUUUGUUUACAUUUUCAUGUGUUUUUUUAUACACGAAUCAUAUACGCACAAAAGGUUCGCUGCCCUGUCUUUUGCCCAUUCGUUUGAUGUCAAGGUCUACAUCAACGCCGAAAUCCCAACAAGCGAGUAAACGCCCUCUAGAGCCAAUGACUAGUUAUGAUGCAGGAGACGUCAAGGUCUGGAAGGACAGCUGGAAACAUUCGAAAGGAAGCAAUGUAGGAGUUGAGAUUUCAACUGACAGCAGACCGAUUUCAGUCAUCGAGGCUAGUUCUGACGUUGUCGACUUUUAUCCAAAGGACUGCAAUGAAGACAUAGUUUUGACGGAUGAAGCUGCGCCAAGGCCCGCACUACCACUGGUAGGCCAUGUUCUUCUUGAUGAUCUACGCUCUGCAACCGAAGUAACUGGGGAUUCUAUGAGAAGGGUCAUCGUCGCGUUGUUAUCAAAACGAAAAGAACCUUAUGAGGAUGACCAGUCACAUAUUGAACCCAGUAUCACUGUUCAGUCAUCAUUCAUGGAUAGUAUGCCCACACCUUUGAAGGAUAGCCUUAAACUGGAUCCUGAUUUGGCGUUCGUUCAUAUGAUUCUUGAUGAUCUGGAUCAAAUCCUCGAUGCCCGAGACAGAGACGAGUGCGAAAUCCUUAUUACCAAACCAGGCUUGAGAGAUAUCACAGAUGAAUCCCAGAUACCAACCUAUCAAGGAUAUAGAGUCAUCCAACAGAGUCGUCUAGGCAACGCGUACCAGUCUCCCAUGCAAGCUAGCAUGACGUCAUCUCUGACUUGUAGCAUGGUGGCCUAUACUAGUAUUCCAUUAGCUUCCGUCUUAGAAAACGAACUGAGAAAGAAGCCAACUGAGAGAACAGCCAUGCGCAACUCUAUCUCUCAAAUCAUCUUAGAUGGUAUGAUGGCAGGAUACUCGAAGAGAGGAAUGCAGGAAAGUUUGAUAAGUCGCAGCACCGGGGGUCUGCCUGAUACAAGUAUGUCAGUAUGCGUAGAUACUGAAGAGCAAGAUGACGAAGUUUCCAGACUUGUUACCUUCUGGAUGAAUAAGACUGCCAAGUUAGACACUAAGGUUAAGAAAAACAUUAAGAGAUACCUGUUUCCGUUAAAACCAAGAAAUGGAAAUAUCAAUGAGAGUUUGGGAGCAGAUUCGGGAAUACACUCAUCCAAGGAGGGAGAUUACAUACCACCGACAGCAAUGCUUCUUGAUAGCAAUGGUUAGCAAGCUCAAGAUUCUUGUGGAAUCUUAAACUAGGGUUACACCAAAAUCGAAUUCUUCCGAUUAAAUUGCCUCUUUCGGAUGGUUUCGGUUGAUUUCCGUAUUUUCUCGCAUUCGCGGAGGGAGACCAGAAUACUUCCGAAACCACCCGACAACGUGUAUUCGGAUGAUUAAAAUCGAUUAAUUCCGAAAUAUGACAAACCUGGGCAACCAAUAAAGAGAAAAACAAAAUGCUACGAUCAACAUGAUUAAGAACAAACUGGCAAUCUCUGUGUACAUGUAUGCAUAUAUGCAUGUGCAGCCAUCAGUGUUUUUACACGUUUUAUGGGGGAGGAGUGCAACAUUAAUUUUGAUUUAUCAAAGCGUACAUAAAAAAAUCCUCUCAUUUGAAAUAGUUAUUUUUUUAAACACGUGAACACGUUGGUAUCAAUAAUGCAUAAAGAAUUUUCAUUUAUUUGAUGAGAGAUAACACAGCGAUGUAUAUAGAAAUACCUUGGACAAAGGACGUGCCGGGAAUUGAACCCUUGACCUUCCUGGUGCAGUUGGGUACCCUAGACCACUGGGCCACGGCACCUUAUGUAUAUAAAUUAUGUAUAUAAUUCGAUGUAAAUAGAAAUCUACAUUUCGAAGUUUUGCAUCAUUUCGGUGGCAGUUCCAUGAAUGUCCAGAUGAAUAUGCCAUGAGCUAAUACCUACUUAUUUUAUUAUAUGAACUAAUAAUUUUUCAUAUUUUGUCCAGAGUAAGAAAUGGAAUGAUAACUGAUUCAAUGUGUGAUUUAAUGUGUGAUUUAAUUGCUGCAACUUAUUUUUCACAAGGGAGUUAUAUUUUAGCAUGGACCUAUUAUUUGUAAUAGGUCCAUGAUUUUAGAGACACUUAGAGACACAAAAUAUUGAUAUCAUGUAAUAACUUGAAAAGGGGAACGUGGGGACAUGAAAUCGUCACAUCUACUGUAUAUUCCUGAUAUCACAGAAUAUUGUUUAGAUCUAAAAUAAUUGGGAAUAACUUCAAUAUUUGUUUCAUCUUUAAACAAAGUAUUCAUGAGGUUUUGCAAAGACGCGAAUGCGCUCAAAACAGCAAAGUCCAACAUUUGCACUAUUGCUGCAUAAAAUACGAAUGCUGGACUUUGCCAUUUUUUUACAUUCGUCUCGUCUUGUACAAUUAAAGUUCAAAUUGAUACCCCACCCCUUCCCCCGAAACGUUACCCCCUCUCUCGAAUGAAAUAGGUUUGCUGUUUGAUUUUUUUUUAUACGAUUUGUUAUCUAUUUUCUGUUCGUCUUCCUAUGUUUUGUGCUGAUUACUUUUAUUUCCGUAAUUCAUGUAUAUAGUGAUGUUGUUUACAUUCUGCUUGAAACAUUCAUUCUUGGUUCUUUUAACCUUAUACAUGUAUGUGUCAAUGUUAAUGUUAUUAUCUGUUAGACCACCACAGAAAACCAACAUGACCGUGCCAGCCAAGCUGAAUAUGGGCAAUCCACCGAUUUUAUAUCUAUUGUGCAUAUGAUUUUUAAUACGGAAAUAAAUACUACUACUGCUAAAACUUCUACUUUACUACUACUACUAUUACUACUAUUACUACUACUACUACUACUACUACUACUUAUAUUAUUAUUAUUACUACUACUGCUACUACUACCACUUCUAGUUCCUGCUACUCCUCAUCCUACUACUAUUACUACUACUGCUACUACUGCUACUACUACUACUACUACUACUACUACUACUACUACUACUACUAUAACUACCACUACUACUACUAUUGCUCCUAUAACCACCACUACCACCACUUCAUACUACUACUACUACUACUACUACUACUACUACUACUACUACUUCUACUGCAACUGCACUACUAAUACUACUACUACUACUACUACUAUUAGACCUACUACUACUACUAGAACUUUUACGUUACUACAACCAUUACUACUACUACUACUACUACUUCUUCUUCUACUACUACUACUACUACUUUUACUUCUACUACUACUACUACUACUAGAAUGUCUACUUUACUACUACUACUACUACUACUACUACUACUACUACUACUACUACUACUACUACUACUACUGCUACUACUACUACUACUACUACUACUGACCUAUAUAGCCUUUAUGGCAUUGCAUAUAAUACAUUAUCUUUCUGGAAUCUCUAUCACUGGAUUGACUGUGGCAUAAACAUUUUUUAAUAUAUGUAAUCGAACAUUACGUAUUUGUAUCAAAUAUGACAAUCAUGGAGGUUUAUAAUUAUGAAGUAUUUUUACAUACAUUUUAUUGCUGUAUUAUUUUUCACCACAUUUGACCAAAACAUGAAUACAUAGUAUGUAGCUUUGAAAUAUUGUUGAUGGGCUGAGUCCUUUAAAUAACAUUGUACAUAAUUUAUUCAUUGGAGUAGAUGUAAGAGUGUAUAUUUUGUUUACGACUAAUGUGAUUAGAAUUUAUGCUUAGAGUACCAUUUUGCUAUCAAAGGCAAAACAUAAAUAUCUCUGCUAAGCUAUGGACAGUACUAAAAACCUUGACAACUAAAUUUGCCACAGGUCAGUUCAUUGUAGAUAUAAAUCAAGUGACUGACACCCUUGACAUGGCUACUGGAUUCAACAACUACUUUGCAUCUGUAGGUGCCAAUUAGGCUUCGAAUUUUACCAAAGGGAUGGAAAGUACUACCAACGAGAAACUUACCGAUAUAUGCCUAAUGGAGAUAAGCCUAUACCUGGUACUAUAGGUUUGUCUUUGAACAUACCGAGGUACUAAAUGUAUCAAUUAUCAAAUGUCGAAGAAACUCCAAACAGCCAAAGCAAAGGGAUUAGAUGGUCUACAUAAUGUGCUUCUUAAAGCAGCCUCUCCUAUGAUUUGUACUCGCCUCACUUCACUCUUUAACCGCUCACUGGUUUCUGGAUUCAUCCCCGAUGAUUGAAAACAUACCAAAGUCAUCCUGAUUUACAAGGGGGGGGGGGGGGGGUGAGAAACAUGACCCUAAUAGUUAUAGACCUAUAUCUAUUAUCCGUGUGGUUAUGAAGUUUUUUCGAAAGAUUAGUCCACACCGAGGUUCAAGGCUACUUUUUAGAACAUAAUUUACUAGCCAGUGAACAGGUAAACAGUCUAGUUUUCAGAAGAACCAUUCAACAAGCACGGUUAUUAGCUAUUUAAUUGAUCAUCUGUACAAGCAAAUGGAUCAUGGUCGAAUGGCGGGAGUUGUGUUUUCAGACCUCAAAAAGGCGUUUGACUCAGUCGACCGUGAUCUAUUGCUUCGCAAGCUUACCAUGUAUGGAAUUCCUGGGGCAGAGUUUAAUUGAGAACUACCUAGAACAUCGUUUACAGUGUAUCUCUGUAAAAGCAUCUUCCUCCGAAUUAAUAAAAAAAGGACAAGCAAGAGUGCCUCAAGGCUCAAUCUUUGGGGCCUCUCCUGUUCAUUAUAAUGGUGAAUGACAUGCCCAAUUUUCUGAAGAAAAUAUAAGAUCAUGCUCUAUGCUGACGACACUGCAUUAAUGUUCAUCGCUAAAUGUGCUGACGAAAUUCAAAUAUAAAUCAAUGCAGAUCUACAGAGAUUAAAUCCAUGGCUAAUAUCAAAUCGACUUACACUAAACCCUGAAAAGUCGAAAUUCAUGUUUAAUUUGGUACCUCCAACAAAUUACAAAAUGCAAAGCCCUUACAUGUGAAAGUUGAUAAUCACGUCUUUAAAAGAGUUCCAAAUUUCAUAUACUAGGGCACGUGGGUGGACCGUGGAUGAGUCGCCCACCUGGCAAAAGCAAGUUGAUGCAAUGAGCAAAAAAAAAAAAAAAAAUGGCCCACGCAUUGCCUUAUUAAGUAGACUGGGAAAGUACUUAACUAUCGAUAGUGCCAAACUUUUAGCUAAUGCCUUGAUAACGCAUUAUUUUUACUACUGUAGCCCUUCCUGGGUUAAAUGUUCACCAUACAUACAUAAUUUUCUCAUUACCCAUGGUAAAAGUUUUAUGCAACGGGUCCCAUAUGUGUUGUAAUUAAUGUGUUCUUAUGAUUGUUUAUGUAUUCUGCAGGGCCCUGGUUGACAACAGUGUUUCAGUCACUGAACAGGAAUCCCUGGGUAAAGAAUAAUAAAAUACAAUCAAUAAAUUAAAGGGCAUAUUUUGACAUAUGAAAAAGUCUACGGGGCGCUUGUGCUAUGAACAUGCAUUUUAAUAUCAUGAUUAAUAUGUACAUGUAUAGUUCUUUACUAUAUUUCUUCAUGUAUUUUUUUUUUCAAAUAUUAUCAUGCGCGUGUACAUUUUAUUCUUAGAAGUAAAUUCUUCGCAAAGUUGUAUAAUAUGUUUUCGAGGUAUUUUCAUUGUUUUAAGAAGUAUAUUGUUUGCUAAGCUUCAUGCAUGUUUUAAAUAAAGAUUUUGAAAUUGUUUGGGCUGAAGGC